CAAUUCUGCUCUCCUUGUUCUCAACAACCUUCGCAAUGAACCUAAAGAAUAAAGAGAUCGUCACUGACGCUUACCAACGAAUCUUUGGUGAUUUGGACGCCUCGGCGGUGGACGACUACAUGAGCCAUGAUUUCGUUCAACAUAAUCCAACAAUUGCUGAUGGCCCUGCGGGAGUAAAAGAACUUUUACAAAAGCUCGUCUCGCAAGGAGUCAAGAAACAAAAGAUCGAGUUCAAGCAUGUGGUCGCGGAGGGCGAUACUGUCAUUCUCCAUACACGCUACGAAAUGGAAGGGCAUGAGUGGAGAUUUAUCGACAUCUAUCGCCUCGAGGACGACAAACUGGUCGAGCACUGGGAUGCAAUGAUCCAAUGGCCUGAUACGCGCGCAAACAACAAUCCGAUGUUCUAGAAUGGUCUGGUCCUGGACAAGCUACCUCUCAAAGGUGGAGCUUUGCGGCAGUCCGCAGCCAUGUGGCCAGACCGAGUUCACCUGGAGCGGCACGGGGACCAUCCAUGCCAUGUUCUACCCUGAAGUGGCUGCGCCGACGUUGUCCUCGCAAGGACUCUAGGUGCCUUGUUUGGAAAGUUCUUCGGAAAGCUAGACACGGACGAGGUGGCAGCAGGACUCCCGAGUACCUCUUGCAGUGAGAAUAUCCGGGGAAGACGACAUGUCGUGAAGACACGAGUCCUCGGAAAAGGGUUGUGUUCGCAACCUGUGUAGCUGUU